GAUCGAUAUUGCAUAAUGCAGAAAGACUGGAGACGUAGCGCGUACAACCUGCUCAGGUCAGCCUGGCCACGCCACAUACGUACACGUACCACUCUCCCCCAUCCAUGUACAUGUACUUCUGGCAGGCCUACUUGUACAUACAGUAGCUAGCUACAGGUGCCUCCGUCAUUAGUCCGCAGUCGGCAGGGCUUUCCACAUGCACAUACCUCCACAUCCACGAGCUUUCUGAGCUAGAUUUGUCUCCAGAGAGUUCCUCCUUCAUGUCAUCGGUGUGCUACAAGUGAAUCAAGCGCAGGACUUGUUGAGCAAUGUCAAAGGAGAAAAGAGACGUUAUCAUUGUUGGAGGAGGCAUAAGUGGCCUGUCAGCUGCUAAACUCCUCCAAGACCAAGGUCAGAAUGUGCUGGUACUGGAGGCUAGAGAUAGGGUCGGAGGUCGCACUUAUACUGUGAGGGAUCCUGCCUUCCAAUAUUUGGAUUUGGGCGGAGCUUACAUCGGACCAACUCAAAACAGGAUCAUCCGAGUUGCCAAGGAGCUGGGAAUCCAGAAUCUGAUUGUUAAUGAGAAAGAGAGGACCAUCUUCUUCAGGAAUGGCAAGCCAAAUGCAUUCAGGGGAGCCAUUCCGACACUGCCUGGUUUCUUCACAACGCUGGAUAUCAACAAUGCUUUGAGACUUUUGGACUCUCUGGGUGAGGAGGUCCCUGCUGCUGCGCCGUGGGAUGCACCACGGGCCGUUGAGUGGGACAGCAUGACAGUUCAGUCGUGGGCCGAUGCCACCUGUUGGUGCCAGUUCACCAAGGAAGCGAUCAAUAUCAUCUGCAGAUUGGGUUUUGCCACUGAGCCCUGUAACGUCUCCUUUCUCUUCUUCCUUUGGUACCUCAAAGUUGGCGGGGGAGUGCUGAGGUUCAUGAGUACAACAAAUGGUGGUCAGGAGAGGAGGUUUAUUGGUGGCUCCAUGCAGGUCAGCGAGGGAUUGGCAAAGAAGCUUGGAAAAGAAAAUGUCCUGUUGGAGCAUGCAGUGUCAAGCAUUGUGCAGUCUGAUGAUGGAGUGAAAGUGACAACAAGAAAUGGUGAUGUGUUUGAGGCAUCUCACAUGAUAAGUGCAGUACCCAUUGCACUGCUUAGCAAGAUAACGUUCCAACCUCCUCUUCCUUCAUUGAAAAACCAGCUCAUUCAGCACAUGCCAAUGGGUUCUGUUAUCAAGACAUUCAUGUUUUACAAGAAAACAUUCUGGAGAGAUCGAGAUUACAACGGAAUUAUUCUGGGAUUGGAGGGUCCUAUAGUUGGCUGCUUUGAGGACAUCAAGCCCGAUGGCUCACACCCAGCAAUCAUGGGGUUCAUCAACGGAGAGAAUGCCAGGAAACUCUGCUUGUUGACCAAAGAAGAAAGGAAAAAAGCCAUAUGUGAGUACUAUGCCAAAGCGUUUGGAACAGGAGAAGCUCUGCAUCCCAUCAACUAUGUGGAGCAAAACUGGAUGGAGGAAGAAUUCUCGGGAGGUUGUUACAUGGCUGCCGCUGCCCCGGGUGUCUUUACACAGUUCGGCAAGGUGCUUCGUGAACCCAUGGGCCGUGUCUACUUUGCCGGUACAGAGACUGCCAACUAUUGGUCAGGAUACAUGGAAGGUGCGAUACAAGCUGGUGAAAGAGCUGCGAGAGAGAUUUUGCACCAGAAAGGACUGAUCAAAGAAGAUGAAAUAUGGCAGGAUGAGCCAGAAUCACUGGACAUUCCAGCCAAGCCAUUUGACGUUAGCGUCUUGGAAGGACUUCUGCCCUCUGUUACAGGAUUUCUCAAGUUUGUUACCACGGUAACAUCCCUCACUAUUGUUGGAGGCAUUCUUUACCUUCUCUAAGGCCAGGAACUGGUCAUUUUGCCUCCAAAAAGGAUUCAGGUCUUUUGAAAAAAAGAUACCAGCAAUAAUGGUGUAAGUAAUUUCAGUUUUGUGCUAGGAAAUCAGGCUGACUAUUUCAUAUCACAGUAGUAUAUGGUUUUGGUUAUUUUGUAUUUGUUUUUUUGGGGGGGUUAUGAAAUUUGACUUUACGAUUUCAUAGAAUAUCCCUUUGUGAUUUUUAUCUACAUCCAACAAUAAAGUAUUAGUUCAGUCAAGAUGUAGUUUAGACUAAAUGUGAUUGAAUCUUAGAAACAAUGAACAUGGAGUAAGUUAAUCUUCCAUUUGGAGAAAAUGGCCUCUGGAUCUUAUCCUAGCUAUUUUGGGAUAUGACUUUUCUUAAAUCAAACAUUUUCAUGCAGGGGGUGCGAGAUUUAAUCCAACUGCAGAAAGGGAUCAAUGGCAGCAUUUUGCUAUUCAUAAACUUCAAACUGCGUGGAGGGCUUCCACAGACAGGUUUCAUAUGAAUUGCUUUCCCUCUGGAUAACUCCCCUGAUUUGAAGUUUUGUUUAAAAAAUUAAACAAAAAAUAAUCUUCUUUAAGAAUUGUGAAAGGGUUGUAACUCCCAAUUUAUGCUCCAAGACAUUUAUUGAAAAUUAUUCUAAAACUCGAAAAUGAAAAGUUGUUUGUGUUAAAGGGUAGCUGCAAAGCAAUUUUGUUUAACAUAAUCCCUCAAAAUGCACCUUUACAUAUUUCAGUUAACCUCAUUCUCAAUUCUCAUUUCACUAUUUCAAGGGGUAUUUGUUCCCCUUUUGGUUUUUAUACUAAUGAGUAUUAUCAUAUUCAUAUUCAAAACUGUGAUGUCAUCCGAGGAUAGGAAUCUUAAUGUUGUAUUUGUGGACAGAAAACUGCUGAACUUUCUAGAUUUUGCUGGCCUAAAUUUGGUGAUUCAUUUUUAUGUAGCAGUAAACAAACUUGCAACCCCUUCUUAGGAAUGUUUUCAUUGAGUUGAUUUUUGGUUCACAAUUUGAACAGAAAGGACUAUGCACUGAAACACGCCUUGCCUGGAUGACAUCACAGCAACAGCACCCUCAGUUGUCAAGGAAAGCAGUGGCAAUUUUUUGAUGGUUUAAAAAUUGCACUUUUCAAUGCGUUUAACCAAAAAGGGAUGUCAAACAAAUUUCUUACGUUGAAGAAGAGCAUAAUGUUGUAGAAAAAUAUGGUCUAAGAAAAUUUCAUGAGAACUACACUUUAAAUUUAAGAAUAUGCAGGGAAAGUCUCAGGAAAAUAUGCAGCCUUUUUGAGGGAGGAAAUCUUCAUCACAGAAUUAUGUGUUAUACUUCGUUUUCCUUUAGGAAUCACUCUAUUCAGGGCAAAUCAACAAUGCACAUCAACAAUAUAAAAAGAAUGUGUUAGUUUUAAAAACUUAGCACUGCUUUUUUGCUUUAGCUAGAAUAGACUUGUGUCCGUGCAUUGAAUUCUUGUAUACAUGUAUCAAGAAUGGUUUCCCUUGUCAAGAAGUAGCCAUUUGUGUAAUGUUAUCCAUUACAUUUACUGUAGUUAAUGCGUUUUGCAUAAUUGAUUAUGCAACACUAUAUCUGUGUGGAUUACAGCAGUGUUGAAAUAAAUGUGUGUACUGUUUAAACUAAAAAAAUGUUUUUGUAUUCACAAAGCUAGAACAGUAUAGUGAUGUCAUUUUUCUUAAGUGUUUCUUGGCAUGUGUGUAGUUGUUAGGUGUAUUUUAAAUUUCUAGCAAGAAUGAAAAGUGAACAUUUAUGAUGUGUAUGAGAUUGUAUCUUGGUUGGUAUAGUUUCAUAAUUUUGGAGUAGUUUUAUCAAUUGAUAGAAAUGGAUACCUUUGUGUUUGCUUUGAGAAUAUUUUCCAUCUUUUCAACUUCUUACAAUUAAAUUUUGGACUCUCAGGUCACCAAUGAAAUAAUUUUAGGUUUGAUCAUCUUGUUCAGUUUGAUGCAUAACCAGCAGAAGCAGUGUGUUGACAGUAUAAGGGGGUAAUAUGAGACAGAAUGUGUGCACCUAGCACCUGCCCUCCUUUUCAAACUGCAUUUGCUCCACCCCCACUCCAUCCAUGCUUUCUACCAGUGUGUGCUCCACCAUCAAGAACAUUCCAUCUCUGCUGUUGCAUAUUUUCUUAUAGUGCUUUAAAGGCGAAUAUAAUUUUGAUGAGUUUGAUUAAUACCGCUAUAUCAUUUUUUGUGAAUUCUUUCAUUUAUUUUGGUAGUUUUAAUUAAUGUGUAUGUGAUAGUUUCAGUUAAUGUGUUUGUAACUUUGAGGAUUUUAUCUGUAGAAAAUCAACCACUGGUGGCGGAAGUGGGGGGGCAGUGACCCCCCACUUUUUCAACUGGGGGGGGCCUGCCCCUCCCCAGUUUUUGCAGGUCCUAUAAUUGGG